AAAAGAAUGGAAAGAUGAUGAAUAUAUAAAAUCAUCCACUCGUCUCAUUUCUUUCUAUUUCCACUAAUAGAAAAAAAAUGAAAAUGACGACUAUUUUGUGCAGUUUUAUUCUCUUGGGGAUUGUUUCAACCACUGUUACAGCUGCGCCCCAGUUACCUGGCGGCGUUUUCCAGUUUCCGAUCACGUUCGCCCCUCAAUUCCCGGACGCAUGGUACCAUGGACCAAAUGUGUGUCAAGAUGUAAAGGAAUUGCCAGUCCCUGAACAGGAGGUACAAAUGAUUUCUGAUCCGGGUAUUGAGACGAUAAGUAAAAGCGAGUCUUGCAAAGGCGACGAUAACGUUCAUGUCUGCCAAACACGGAUAACAACAAAUGGUCAAUCCACUCUGACUGAAACUACGUACAAAUGUUGUGUUGGUUUCGUGCACCCGAAUGGAGGAAGUUAUUGUAUCCAAGCAUAGACAAUGUUCUAUAAGAUCCAACAAAAGGUACUUAAUGACCUACAUAAAGAAAAUUUAUAGAAGUUCCUAGAAGACCAAUGAUGUUAUGUAUUUCCUAUAUUAAAUAAAGAGUACCUUUAAGAAA